CUGUGAAAAUGCUGGUGGACGACUGCGGCAGCGCGAUGGGGUGGAGCGUGCGCGGGGGUUGGUCCACCCCUGGCUGUAGGAAUUCCGCGAUGAACUUCGGCGGCAGCGUGCCCUCCCUUCAUCCCGCAGGCUCCGUGAGAUCCCUGCGGUCCCAGCAUUCUAUGCAGGGUGUGCCGGAGACACCGCGAAGAUGCAUGCACUGCCACCCGGUACACGUGCCGAGCACCCCGAAUAAUUACGUGCACCAUCCCAUGCAGUAUUACACGCCGAGCCACUGCCCUGAGCCCAGGAACGGCGUCUAUACUCCUCAUCGGGGGAAUUCUUAUCAUGGCGACACCAGGAUGCGUUACUUGGACACCGAGGGUAGCAUCCACGAUGGCACGAUGGGGAAUAACAAUUGGGUGCUCGGCGAUCUCAGGAGUCUUCAUCGAUGCGUGCCAACCUUUCGACGACCAGGCAUAGACGUCGCCGGCAUGCGAACGCAUUUCUAUCCAGAGGGUGGCUGGGGGUGGCUGGUCUGCGCAGCCGGCUUCCUCGCCCUGUUGCUCACUACCGGAAUGCAGCUCGCUUUCGGGCUUCUUCGCGUUCACGCCGAGCGACGAUUCGGCGAGAAACACCUCAUGGAUCUCGCGUGGGUGGGCGCGUUGAGCACUGCGGUCUCCCGUGGGUCGGCACCCUUGGUCGUUGGCGCGUGUCGUCGAGGAAGUACAAGGCUUACAGCGGUGAUCGGCGGUCUCGUGCUGGCAUUGGCGUCGCUCUUCACCUCGUUCGCCGCAGAAUUGCACCAGGUCCUCCUUAGCUACGGCGUGGUGCUGGGCACCGGGGCUGGCCUCGUGAGGGAAACUGCCGGGCUGGUGCUGGGCCAUUACUUCAGAAAACGGCGAGAGUUCGUCGAGAUGGUCGUGCAAGCCGGCGCGGGGGUGGGAAUAGUGCUCUUCAGCGUCUUCUACAGAGAGGCCGUCGGAAAGCUGGGCUGGGAGCGUGGGAUGCAGUCGGUAACCGGAGCCCUCUCGUUGGCCUUCUUCCUGGGCUUGAUUUACAGGAGCGCCUCUCUCUAUCAUCCGCAACGACGGAGCAUGUUACACGUGAAGAAUCAACGGGGUGGCAAGCUGAAAGAGAAGAAGACCGCGGCCAAGCCACCGAGGCAACCGUGGGUGGAUCUCAGCCCUCUAGGAAGUCGUCCUGUCAGGAUGUUGAUGCUGGCCGCCGGAGCAGCCGGUUUCGGCCUUUAUACGCCUGCCUUUUACAUCGCUGUCCAGGGCCACAAAGAUGGUUUGGAGUUCAGCGCCCUGGUGCUUCUGCAGACUUGCUUGGGCUUGGCAGCGGCACUCGGCUGCGCGGCUUGGGGAGUCGUUACGGCCAGACCAUCUGCCCAGUGCUUGGUGUCCAGACAAUACCUCUGCCAGGCAGCGCUGCUCGGAGUUGCCAUAGCUCAGGUGGCGUUGGGCAGCGUGCAGGGCUACCACGGUCUGGUUCUGGCUUCCGGUUUGUAUGGUGCGUCCCUCGGCGGCGCCCUUUACUCCCUAAAAAUGCUGGCCCUCGAAAGGCUGAGGGCGAGACACUUUGCACGCUCCUGGGCACUCGUGCAGGCUGCGGAAGCUUUACCUAUUCUUCUCGGAGUUCCUCUUACUGGUUACAUGAACGAUAACAGCCCAAGGGUGGGUUACUACGCGUGCACGUUAAGUUCCUUGUGCGGUGCAGCGUUGCUCUUCCUGGUGGGCUGGGGUCGCCAGCCGGCGUCUCCGCUUCUUCCUGGUUCACACCUUUCAAACGUGAGCAUCCCGCCACCGUGUGCCUGUCCUCCGCCUCCAAGGCCAAGGCUGCCCAAGUCUCAGUCGCUGCACGUGCCCCUGGACGUGGAGGAGAAUCUUCGCGAUAGGGACAUGGAGAGGAUGCACACUGCCGAACACUACUACCAGCCGCAAUUCUACGGCCCUCUGAGACCCAGCAAGAGCGUUCCAGAGGGUCUGAGCCAUCAGGACUCGUACAGAAGUCGGCCGAGACGGCACAGGGACGUGACGGUGAUAGAGCAGAUCACAACUAGCGUUUAA